AGCUGACUGUGACGUAGGCAAGUAAACAAAGUCAGCAGUGCAGUUUUUUUUUUGCAUGCUGUGCAAUAUCGACAAUGGGAAAUACGGACUCUGAAUGUGGAACUAGACACACGUGCAAGUUGAAUUAAAGAUACCUUCAUUUAUUGAUGUACAGAGAAGACAAAGGCUUUUUUGAAAUAGUACUCUGUGAACAGGUGCAGGUAUUUAGAUCUACUCAUAAACUGAAGGUCGGAAUCAAUCAAGCCAUGGACAAUCUGGAGCGAGGUAGUGCGGCUAUUGAUUGGUGUGAGAAUAAUUACGCCAUAGUUCCUGGUAUUGCAGAAUUUUAUAACACUGUCAGCAACAUCCUGUUCUUCAUCAUCCCUCCCCUCCUGCUCUACCUCUUCCGACAAUACGCGGUGUGGUACAACUGGCACGUCAACAUCAUGUGGAUCCUUCUGAUGGUGGUCGGGAUCUUCUCGUGCUACUUCCACGCAACUCUCAGCAUGUUUGGACAGCUCCUGGACGAGGUGGCCAUCAUCUGGGUGGUCCUUUGCGGCGUGGCCCUCUGGUAUCCACGGCGGUACUACCCAGCUAAGAUCCAUGGUAGCAGGAAGAAAUUCAAGCAGAUUAUGUUGGUAUUCACUGUUGCCAGUACCGGCCUUGCCAUGGUCAGGCCGGCAGUCAACUCUUUCGUCAUGAUGUCGUUUAUCGGACCCUGUAUAUGCAUGAUGAUCUUAGAAUUACGGAGGGCACAGUGUCCACGUGUCGUCAAGCUGGGCAAGACCUGUGCGUUCCUGUGGGUAGUAUCGGUCACCUGCUGGCUCAGCGAUCGAUUCCUCUGCGACUUCUGGCAGUCGCUCUCUCUCCCGUACCUUCACUGCGCCUGGCACAUCAUGGUCUUCAUCUCGGCGUACACAGGCUGCGUCCUCUUCGCUUACUUCGACGCGAUGAACGAGUGUCCGGAGAUGGGUCCUGUUCUAAGGUAUUGGCCCAAGGACUCGUGGGUGAAUGCAGGAAUCCCUUACGUAACCCUUCAGUGUGCUGGUAACAAACCAGGAUGGGACUAAAAGUCUUUAUGAAGUGUUAUAAGCUACUGGAAAUCCUCGCAUCUGAUUGGCUGAGAGCAGCAGAUUUGUCAGUGAAAAUCACUCACAAAUGUCUUCAUGAAAUGCUCCCCCUUUCCCCUCUGCAGAACGGAUCAACUUGAACUCAAUCAAAAUAUUUCAGACCUGGGGCCCAUAACACAAAACUAACAAUGAUCGUAGAACAUUUCUCUACAAUUGAUUGCAUUGACUACAAUGUACAAUCAAUCUGAAAAUCAAGCGUGCGAUCAAUCGCUAGACCCUUGUGUGAACGGAACCUUGGGCCUGUAACAUAAAGCUUGGCAAUCUAUCAUAGAAACAAAAUUAUGAUUGAUUGCAUAAAAGAUAAUGCACAUUCAGUUGUGAAAACCAAUCAUUUGGUCGGCUGGGACCAUGGUCUGAUUAGCUCUGCAAAGAAAUCGGUGGAUCUACCAUGUUGUGGUCAGCCAACCUUAAUCAGGGUUGCUCAGCUAAUCCACACAAAUAUUUUUAAUGUGUCAAAAAUAUUUGUAUUCUAGGAGGAAGCAAGAGCAUCAUGGAAAGACCUGCUCAAGAUGAAAUUUGACCAGCCACCCCAAAAGCAACAAUAAGCCACCCAAAAUAAAAAUUGAGUUAUAUAUAUAUCGUCGCACGAACUGUCCUCUCUGCGCACUUCGAUGAGAAAAUUAAGCGCACUGUAUCUAUUCCACGAACCGUCCUCUCUGUUACGUUGCCCAC